AUGUGUGAAUUCAAGUCAAGUGCGAUAGAAAGCAGGAAGGGAGACCAAGUCACGCUCGUGGACCAAGGCGCGCUCGUGGACCAAGGCGCGCUCGUGGACCAAGGCGCACGCGUGGACCAAGGCGCGCGCGUGGACCAAGGCGCGCCCCCGGACCAAGGCGCGCCCCCGGACCAAGGCGCGCCCCCGGACCAAGGCGCGCCCCCGGACCAAGGCGCGCCCCCGGACCAAGGCGCGCCCCCGGACCAAGGCGCGCCCCCGGACCAAGGCGCGCCCCCGGACCAAGGCGCGCCCCCGGACCAAGGCGCGCCCCCGGACCAAGGCGCGCCCCCGGACCAAGGCGCGCCCCCGGACCAAGGCGCGCCCCCGGACCAAGGCGCGCCCCCGGACCAAGGCGCGCCCCCGGACCAAGGCGCGCCCCCGAGCCAAGGCGCGCCCCCGGACCAAGGCGCGCCCCCGGACCAAGGCGCGCCCCCGGACCAAGGCGCGCCCCCGGACCAAGGCGCGCCCCCGGACCAAGGCGCGCCCCCGGACCAAGGCGCGCCCCCGGACCAAGGCGCGCCCCCGGACCAAGGCGCGCCCCCGGACCAAGGCGCGCCCCCGGACCAAGGCGCGCCCCCGGACCAAGGCGCGCCCCCGGACCAAGGCGCGCCCCCGGACCAAGGCGCGCCCCCGGACCAAGGCGCGCCCCCGGACCAAGGCGCGCCCCCGAGCCAAGGCGCGCUCGUGGACCAAGGCGCGCCCCCGGACCAAGGCGCGCCCCCGGACCAAGGCGCGCCCCCGGACCAAGGCGCGCCCCCGGACCAAGGCGCGCCCCCGGACCAAGGCGCGCCCCCGGACCAAGGCGCGCCCCCGGACCAAGGCGCGCCCCCGGACCAAGGCGCGCCCCCGGACCAAGGCGCGCCCCCGGACCAAGGCGCGCCCCCGGACCAAGGCGCGCCCCCGGACCAAGGCGCGCCCGUGGACCAAGGCGCGCCCGUGGACCACGGCGCGCUCGUGGACCAAGGCGCGCUCGUGGACCAAGGCGCGCUCGUGGACCAAGGCGCGCUCGUGGACCAAGGCGCGCUCGUGGACCAAGGCGCGCUCGUGGACCAAGGCGCGCUCGUGGACCAAGGCGCGCUCGUGGACCAAGGCGCGCGCAUGGACCAAGUUGCGUAA